UCCGUGCUGUAGCCAAGAUGCUCCGCACUUGGGAGCGAAUUAAACCCGAUUUAAAUCAGGGAAUAAACCUGCAAAAGCCGCAUGCCCAGCCUGCCGCUGUCCCCCGUGCCCGGUACCCGUAGGGAUCCCGGAUUCCCAUCUCCCAGUCACCCACAGGAGCAACACCCGCCGCUCCUCGCGGUGCUGGGGCCACCCUGGAUUCCCUCCCCUUCAUCUGAAGGACUCCUGGACCUUCCUGUGGUUUUCCCACCGCCAGCAGAGUCCCCUGCUGGGCGCAUCACUCAGCGCCCCGGCAUCCCAGGUAUCCGCGCCCGGGAUCCCGAAUGACUAACCCGAACCAGGAGCCCAUCCGAGCCCGGCCAGAACUAAUGGGAUAAUGGCCACUGCCUCUGCAGAGCGCUAAUUGUGGCUGAUUAACCCGACAGCGAGUUCCAGGAACAAAACACACACACACACACUCACACACACACACACACACACACACACGGCAGCGGCCUCAGUGCUCAGCUAUUCAUUCCCAGGACGUGCCUCAUUCCCAGGACAGCUCGGCCGCAUAUAAAAGCUUUCAGCCCCAGCUCUGUCCUCAAGACUCGACUCCCUGCUCAGCCCGUCCGUUUCUGCUCGCAGGGAUGCUCCACCAGAAAGGCGGCACCGACCGCGACCUGUGCCAGCACCGCUCGGGCGGCAGCCACGACACCCCCGAGAUCUGCCCCGACCCCGGCAGCCUCAGCCACGACACCGAGGGCUCCAGCCAGAGCCCUGCCCGGGGCUGCCACCCCUGCGAGCUGUGCCCGCCCCGGCCCGCCUGCUGCCCGGCCCCGCAGAGCUGCAAGCCCCGGCGGCGGGUGGAGGUGAGCCCGGUGCCCCCCGUGUGCCCCCCGCCCGUGAAGAUCCGCCGCCGGCCGCUGGAGCAGCACCGCCCGUGCCCGCCGUGCCCGGAGCGCGACUCCUGCGGGAAGCCCCGCCGGCGGGUGGAGCAGCGCCCCGAGCAGGAUGAGGAGCCCCCGGUGGUCCUGCAGCCCCUGCCGCUGCAGCAUCGCUGCCCCUGCAUCCAGCGCUGCCCCCGGGCCGUGCCCUGCUGCCCCCGGCCCGUGCCCUGCUGCCCCCGGGCCGUGCCCCGCUGCCCCCGGCCCGUCCAGCGCUGCUGCCCGCCCGCUGUCCCCCUGCCACCGCACCCCGGCCACCACCAGCAGCACAAGCAGGUCACGCUGGUGCCGCUCUGCGUGAAGAACUGAGCCCGGGGACCCCUCCCCAGCUCCUGCCCCUCGGGGGGAUUCGCCCCCCGGGCCCGCGGGAUGCUCCCAGCGCCGCUCCGGGCUGCCUGCUGCUCUUUGCACAUCAGAUUUGGGGUCUGCCAUCCCCUGCUUGGCCCCAGCACCGACACUUUAAACUCGGGGUGUCCUUCCCUGCCGGGCUUUGGCUCUCCCCGGGCAGCAGCAGAGGGAUCUGCUCUCCCGAACUUCACCGGGCUGUGCUUUCAAGGUUCUUUGGAAGCAGCUCCGGGUCUUUACGAGGAAAAGAGGAGCCACUGUGACGGCAGGAGCGCCGCGGACUCCUGCAACUUUAUCUCCUCCCUCUGUAUUCAAGAAUAAAGUUGAAAAAUAUUUAGCAA